GCUAGGAAAGUAGCACAUGCUAGCUACGAACUGUAUGUGGCUACAAGAGAAUGGCGGAAAAUGUUGCACUCUCUGUCGCCCCCUUGGGACCCACAGAGUCGGACCCAGAGCGAUGUGAAGGGGAGGAAGAGGUACGGAGGAACGAGGCUGGAGAGAACAAACAAACUGGGCCUGUUGCAGGAGCUACCCAGAACCGUCUCGCGAAGUUACCGCUAUCCCGCAUCAAGGCAUUGAUGAAAGCCGACCCAGACGUGUCCCUCGCCAGUCAAGAGUCUGUGUUUAUCAUAGCUAAAGCCACAGAACUCUUUGUUGAGAUGAUUGCCAAAGAUGCCCUGGUGUAUGCCCAGCAUGGAAAGAGGAAAACUUUGCAGAGGAAAGAUUUAGACAAUGCAAUCGAGGCCAUAGAUGAGUUUGCUUUUCUGGAAGGUACUCUAGAUGUCUAGACACUCUCAGAAGAAAGAAAGCCGUUCAAAGAUCAGAGGCAUUUGGAAACCAGACUGACCUGUCUUGCUUUUGAAGUGACAUCACUGAGUUGGUAAAUACAUAUUUGAGAAGGUUUUGGUACUGGUUGCAAGGAGUUCCCUUCCUGAACAUGUACAGUAUAUACUGACAUCAUUGAUGAUCCUCCUUCAAUUAGUCUUGUAUGCAAGGAAUCAGACUUUUUUUGUUGUUGUAAAUAAUGUGUGUUGAAAUAAAUCAUACAAAUGUUUGUAAAUCUAA